UUUUUUUUUUUUAAUAAAGUAGUAUGGAAUUCAGAGCUAAAUUAAACUCUGAAUAUUUUAAACUUUUUUCUUCAACUCUGGAUGCUUUUUCGCAUUUAGGUGAAAUUAUUAGUAUUGAAAUCCAUAAUGAGCAAUUUGUUAUGUCUACAAUAAAUAGCUCAAGAACUGCCCAAGCAGUUGCUCACAUUUCUCGUGAUUUUUUUAAAGAUUAUGCAUUAUUAAGAAGAGGAUCAACAGAAACAAUUUUACGAUGUACUGUUUCUAAUAAGAACUUUAAUAGUAUUUUUAAAAAAAACUUGGCGGCUUCAAAAUUAAUUAGAGAAUGCCAAAUACAAAUCACACAAGGAAGUUCAGACGAACAAACACAUGUAGAAGCAAGAAUAUAUAUGAAAUUGAUUUACCAAAAUGGAGUCACAAAAAAGAAUACACUUUGGUAUUAUGAUGGAGACCCGAUUACUAUAUUCUUUGAGAGAGAAUAUCCUAAUCAGAUUAUAUGUCAUUCAUUAACCUUGAAAGGCUAUUUAAGUCGAUUUGAUCCACGAAUAACAGAAAUUUCAAUUAUCUGCACGCCUGGUAAAGUGAUAUUACAAUCACAUUGGGAUGAAACUUCUACAGAUGAACGACCUGUAAGAGCAACAUUUUCCAUCAAUGCAUCCGACUUUGAAAGUUAUUCAAUACAUAGACCAACAAAGCUAACAUUCAACUUACGUGAGUUUAAAGCUAUAGUAGAUUAUAUGGACACAAUUGAAGGAGCAGUUAAACUAAAUUUUGAUGACAUGGGAAGCCCAAUAUUGUGUAAAUAUGCAUUUGAAAACAAAUUAUUAGUAUUUAUUGCCCUUCAGACAUUACCUAGACAUCUUUCUGUUGGAGGCAAUGGAGAUAGUCAUAAUGGUAAUAGUCAUGUAAAUGCUUCAGAAGAUGAAUCAAGUUUUUUAACUUAUAGUACAGCAGACUAAUUAUGUAUAUAUGCAUAAAUAAAGCUUUCUUUCUUCUUCUUUCUCUCUAUCUCUUUUGUCGUUUAGUCUGCUAAAAAUAUAUAACACUUUAUUUAAAAUAAAGAAAUAAUUAAACUUGUUUUUUUUUUUAUAAUAAAUUUGCGCAUCAACUUUUUUAUAUCUCACAAGAGCCUUUGUACUGAACGAUUUCUGUAAUUUGAAUUUCCUUAUAAUAUAGCAAUCAGAAAGCAAUUGUUC